AUGACCGAAGGCAAACCGAAAUCGGCGAGCGAGUUGCGACAUCGAUUCUCCGUCGGUCAUUAUCGAGAGCGCAUCGCCCACCGAUUAAUCGCCGAUACCACCUGCGAGCGGCUGUUAUUGUACCGUUUUGGCAGCGGACAUUAUAAUUCCAUUGUUACUAUUGCUAUUAUUUUUCGUAGCGAUGACUGGUGGUUUCAACUAUUGGUCGAGGUUGUGAUUUUAGACAAGAAUGAUUCACCACCUGAAUUCAAAAACAUACCACCUGCUUACAUGGCUUCAGAGGACCUCGCACCGGGACAGCUGAUAGCUACUAUCACCGCCGAAGAUCCAGACACUAUUGGAACUAUAACGUACAGCAUACAAACAGAAGACCCUACGCCUUUUACGUUAAACUCUCAUACAGGAGAAUUAACGCUCAAAGACCCUUUAGAUAGAGAAACAACAGCCGAAUACCAAGUGGUAAUAAGAGCUGAUGAUGGCAUUCAAUAUACAGAUGUUACUGUUAUCAUUCAGGUGACCGACACAAAUGACAAUCCGCCAGUGUUCAAAGAAAGUGCUUACUCCUUCGAUAUCCCGGAGAACGCCGCCAGGGGUUCGGUGGUUGGCACCGUGGCUGCAAUCGAUUUGGAUUCGGGACCAAACGCACAACUCACUUACACCGUUAUCUCGGAUUGGGCCAACGACGUGUUCUCAUUGAAUCCACAAACUGGCAUCUUCACGUUGACUGCUAGAUUAGACUUUGAAGAGACGCAGCACUACAUCCUGGUUGCGCAAGCGCAUGAUAACGGACGGCCAUCGUUGUCAGGCACUGUGACUGUGUAUGUCAACGUUAUAGACCUAAACGACAACGCACCCAUUUUCGAUCCCAUGAGUUUCUCUAAUGAGAUUACAGAAGACGUACCUAUCGGUUCAACAGUAGUUACUAUCAGAUUAAAUGGAAAGUUGACAUACAGUCUUACAUCUGGAGAUGAUUCUCACGAUUUUGAAAUUAACAGCAAUGGUACAAUAUUGACAGUUAAUAUGUUGGAUAGAGAAACAGUGCCGGUUUACAAUUUAAUUGUAACGGCUAAAGAUUCUGCAAAGCCACCAGAACCUCAACUUUCUUCAACAGUUCAGGUAACCAUACAAUUAAAGGACGUCAAUGACAUGGCUCCGGAAUUUGUUUCACCAAAUAUGACAACAGUAUCAGAAAAUAUUCCAUUGAACACUGUUGUAAUGACAAUCAAAGCCAUCGAUAAAGACGAAGGACGAAAUGGAUACGUUGAAUAUUUCAUGAGUCCGGAUCCAGAAAUUAAUGGAUACUUUUCAUUAGGAAAUGUUGAUGGAAUUUUACGAGCUACUGGAAAGUUAGACAGAGAACUAAAAUCAAGUUAUACUAUAACAGUAACUGCUAAAGACAGAGGUGACCCACCAAAUAUAACGAAAACCAAGAUUAACAUUAAUAUUCUUGAUGAAAAUGAUAACAGUCCAGUGUUUGAUCCAAAGCAGUACAGCGCUUCUGUUCCAGAAAAUGCCAGUAUAGGUGCAAGCGUUUUAGAGGUGUCAGCAACAGAUAUCGAUGAAGAUAUCAACGGUAGAGUCAGAUAUUCAAUAGCAUCAGGAGAUGAAAAUAGAGAUUUUAGUAUAAGCGAAGAUACAGGGGUCGUACGAGUGGCCAAAAAUUUAAAUUUUGAACGUAAAUCGCGUUAUAUUUUAAUCAUUAGAGCUGAAGAUUGUGCUAAAGAUGACGUCAGAUUUGACACGGCUGAAAUAUCUAUUUCAAUUCAAGAUAUAAAUGAUAAUCCACCCACGUUUCUUGAUUCACCAUAUUUAGCCUACGUAAUGGAAAACGUUAUUCCUCCUAACAAUGGCUACAUUAUAACAAUUCAUGCUUAUGAUGCUGAUUCACCCCCAUUUAAUAAUCAAGUACGAUAUUUUAUAAAAGAAGGAGAUGCAGAUCUUUUUAAAAUAAAUGCCUCUUCUGGGCAAAUUUCCUUAUUACGUACAUUAGAUCGAGAAGCUGAGGAUGUAUAUACAUUAUCACUUGUUGCAAUGGAUACAGGUUCACCACCACUAACGGGAUCUGGAACAGUAAAAAUAAUAGUCCAAGAUGUUAAUGACAAUAGCCCAGAGUUUGAAAGACAAAGUUAUAAAGCUUCUAUUAAAGAAAAUUUACCACCAGGCACAUAUAUUUUGCAUCCAAAAGCAUCAGACAAAGAUUUGGGUAAUAAUGCAAAGAUCAGAUACAGUCUUCUUGGGGAUAAAUCAGAAAGGUUCCAAAUAGACCCAACUACAGGAGUAAUUUCAUCAAAUGCAACCUUAGAUAGAGAAGAAUGGGAUAUUUAUUAUUUGAUUGUAAUGGCUCAAGACUCUUCAACAACCGAUCCAAGGACUGCUACUGCCAAUCUUACUAUAACCAUUGAUGAUGAAAAUGAUAAUACUCCCAUAUUUUCUAAACCGGUUUAUGAAACCCACAUUUCUGAACAAACUAAAAAAGGUGAUUUUGUAUUUGGGGUCAGAGCAAAAGAUAAUGAUAUCGGUUUAAAUAGAAAAAUUGUUUAUGACCUCAAAGGUGAACACCAAGAACUAUUUAGCAUAAAUAAAGAAACAGGAGUUAUAAAAUCUAAAGACGGAAUAAUGAAUUUUGUUGGAAAAGUUGAUUCUACCUUCAAUUUAGUUAUCAUAGCCACCGAUUGUGGUUUGAUGCCAAAGCAAAGCACAGCUGAACUAAUUCUAAUCCCUAAAUCAGUUAAAAAUUUUCCGAAAUUCACUAUAUCAAAUAAAUUAACAUUCACUUUUUCCGAAAAUACACCAGAAGGUGUUUUGGUAACAAGAUUAUCAGCAAUAUCUCCUAAAAAAGGGCCGACUGGAUUACUGCAAUAUGCUAUAGCAGGUGGGAAUGUUGGUGAUGCUUUACGUGUAGAACAAAUUAGUGGAGAAGUUUUUAUUACUGGGAAAGGUUUAGACUUUGAGACUAUGCCUUUGUAUGAAGUAUGGUUCGAAGUGAGAGAUUCAGAUAAUCCACCAUUGAAAUCCUUUAUUGAAGUCGAAAUUAAAGUGACAGAUGCUAAUGACAACGCACCAAUCAUUGAAAGUCCUUUGUAUAAUGCAACCGUUAUGGAAGAAGAAUAUCAACCACAACUAGUAAUAAAAAUAGAGGCUCAUGAUGAAGAUUCAAAUGAAAAUGGCAGAAUUUCUUACCGACUUGUUAAUGAUUAUGAAGAAACAUUUUCAAUUGAUCCAGAUACGGGAGAAAUAUUCACUAAUAUUGCAUUAGAUAGAGAAUCAAUACCAUCUUAUGAAAUUCUAGUAGAAGCUGCUGAUCAUGGGGUGCCACAGUUAAUCGGCUCAAGUACAGUACUUGUGACAGUGUUGGAUAAAAAUGAUAACCCACCCAGAUUUACUAGAUUAUUUAGCGUCAAUGUUACUGAAAAUGCAGAGAUAGGUUCAUUUGUGAUUAAAGUUACGAGUUCAGACUUGGAUACUGGCCCAAAUGCUAACGCUACGUAUAGUUUUGUUGAAAAUCCUGGCGAAAAAUUUCUAAUUGAUCCAAUUAGUGGUAACGUAACAGUGGCACGACCAUUAGACAGAGAACUUCAAGAUGAAUAUAUUUUGAAAGUUGCAGCUAUUGACGGUGCUUGGCGUUCUGAAACACCAUUGACAAUCACGAUCCAGGACCAAAAUGAUAAUGCACCUGAAUUCGAAUACUCUUAUUAUAGUUUUAAUUUCCCAGAAUUACAACAAAAAAAUAGUUUUGUUGGACAAGUAAUAGCUACAGAUAGAGAUAAACAAGGACCAAAUUCGAUUAUAUCAUAUUCAUUACAACAAACUUCAGAUUUAUUUUCUAUAGACCCUGCAACCGGAGAAAUUUUAAGCAAAUUUGUCAUGAAUUAUAAACGAAAUUCCGUCAAUCUAUCUCCUGAAAAUACUUACUCUGUAGUUGUUGUUGCAACUGAUAAUGGAAAACCUCCAAUGUCUUCAGAAUGUUUGGUAACUAUUAAUGUGGUAGAUGCUAAUAAUAAUGCACCUAAAUUUAAAAAUCAUGAAAAGUUUGUUCCUGUACCAAAAGAAGCAAUUCUUGGAGAGAAAAUAAUUAAAUUAGUUGCCGAAGACAAAUUGGACUUUGGUAUUAAUGCCGAAAUAGAAUAUUAUGUAUCAGGAGGAAAUGGUACUGCCUACCUUACAAUUGACAAAAACGAAGGCUGGAUAAAAGUAAGCAAGAAAUUUCAUUACAUGGGUCAAUAUUAUGAGUUAAGGAUAAGAGCUGUAGAUCGUGGUGUUCCCCCACAAUUAGAUGAAACAAAAUUAACAUUUGUAGUGACGGGGGAAAAUAUUAAUAGUCCUAAAUUUACUGCAUUAAGUUACCAAGUCAUUGUGCCUGAAAAUGAACCAAUAGGAUCAUCAAUUCUAACAGUCAAAGCGAGUGAUGAAGACGAAGGUCCUAAUGGUAUUGUUAGAUAUUCUAUUUCAUCCGGAAACACUGGAAAAGAAUUUGAUAUACAUCCUAUAACUGGAAUCAUAAGUAUUUUAAGCCCUUUGGAUUACGAUACUAUCCCAGAGUAUAGACUUAAUAUAACGGCUAAAGACUUGGGAUUCAAAUCCAAAGAAACGAAGGCUACGCUGACUAUUAUAUUAACAGAUAUAAAUGACAAUGCUCCCGUAUUCAAUCAAACGCAAUAUAUAGCUUAUUUACCUGAAAAUUCACCCAUUAAUAGUUUUAUAUAUAAAGUAAAAGCAGUUGAUAUAGAUUCACCAAAAAAUUCCAUAAUCAAGUAUUACAUAAAAAAUGAAAUGUCAUCUUUGUUUCGUAUUGACGUUAAUUCUGGACAAAUAUUUUCCAAAGAAGUAUUUGAUUUUGAAGAAAAAUCAGUAUACAGGUUGCAAAUAUUGGCAAAAAAUCCUGACUCUACGAUGCAAAAUACAACUGAAGUAGUUGUAUAUAUAACCGGCGUAAAUGAAUAUUAUCCAAAAUUUGUUCAACCAGUGUUUCAUUUUGAUGUGUCUGAAUCUGCAGAAGUAGGCACAAAUGUUGGGGAUAUUCAAGCUACAGAUCAAGAUAGUGGUGAUGAUGGAAUAAUAUACUACUUAUUUGUAGGAUCAAGUAAUGAUAAAGGUUUUAGUAUAAACUCUCAGAGUGGUGUGAUAAGAGUUGCCAGAUAUUUAGACAGAGAAACCCAAAAUAGAGUCGUGUUAACAGUGUUGGCAAAAAAUUAUGGUGGCAUACAUGGAAAUGAUACUGAUGAAGCACAAGUCAUUAUUUCAAUUCAAGAUGGAAAUGAUCCACCCGAGUUUUUACGACACUUUUAUGAGGCAACUAUAUCUGAAGGUGCCGCAAUAGGUCAAGAAGUUAUUCAAGUGAAAGCUGUAGAUAAAGAUGUCAGACCACAAAAUAAUCAAUUUAGUUUUUCAAUUAUAGGUGGGAAUGUUAAUCAAGAUUUUAAAAUAGAUCCACAAUCAGGAGAAAUAGAAGUCUCUCGGCUUCUAGAUAGAGAAACAAUGCCAACAUACACACUUAUUGUAGGUGCUAUAGAUACUGGUAUUCCUCCACAAACUGGCACGGCUACUGUCAAGAUUACAUUGACUGACAUUAAUGAUAACGGCCCUGUAUUUGAUGUAGCAAAUUUUGAAGGUGCUGUAUACGAAAAUGAACCACCUAAUACUAGCAUAGCUACACUCACCGCUAAAGAUCCAGAUCUACCACCAAAUGGUGCACCAUUUUCUUAUUUUAUUAUAGGUGGAAGACAUCAAAAUUAUGUGAAAGUUAACCGACAUACAGGAGUUCUCCUUACAACUAGAAAAAUAGAUCGAGAAGUAACUCCUAAUUUAGAAAUUACUAUACAAAUCGAAGAUAGCGGUAAUCCAAUAAUGAGGUCUAAUUUUACAUUAUCAAUUAAAGUAUUGGACAGAAACGACAAUCCACCAACUUCUAGAUCAGUACAUGUAUUAGUUUAUGCCUUCAAUAACAAAGUUACAAAUGGUAAAAUUGCUAAUGUAAAACCAAAUGACGCCGAUAUUGUUGGAGAUUAUAGAUGUCAUAUUGUUAAAGAGUCGACAUCUGAAAAUACUCUUUCAAUCUUAAGUAUCAAAAAUGGAUGUGAUCUCUAUUCAACAGCAGUAAAACCAGGGCAAGGAUAUACCUUUUCUGUUUUAGGAAAUGAUGGGAUACAUAGAGACGUGAUUUCUUCUAUAAGUGUUGAAUAUUUCUCUUUUUAUAAUGAAACUAUUAAACAAUCAAUCACAAUAAAAGUAAUGAAUAUGACCUCUUCAGAAUUUUUAACACAUUACUAUAGAAGUUUACUAGAAACUAUUAAAAAUGGACUACGGGAUACUGAAAGUAUUUAUUUGUAUAGUAUAAAUGAAGCAGAAAAUGACUUACUUUUAACAUUAGCUAUAAAAGUUGAUAACACUAUUUGGAAAAGAGAAACUACUGAAAGACAUUUAAAAAAUAAAGAAAAUGAAAUAACAAAGUUAUUGAAAAGGCAGGUUAAAAUACCAUAUUUCCCAUGUGUCUCGCAUAAAUGUGAAAAUAAUGGUAUAUGUACAGAUUCAAUUAAAGUAAUAGACGAAACUAAAAUUACUGAAAGCUCAAAUCUUAUAUUAUCGUCACCGUUGGUUAAACAUGACUAUAACUGCGAUUGUACAGAAGGUUUUAUGGGAAGCAAAUGCGAGAAAAAGCAAGAUCCUUGUUCACCAAAUCCAUGUCACUUCGGUGGACAAUGUAAAAAACAAGGACAUGAUUUCAUUUGUAACUGUCCAGUUCGCAGAGAGGGUAAGACCUGUGAAUUAGAAAGAGAUGACGUAUGUAGCAGUAGCCCAUGUAAGAAUGGAGGGUCUUGUAAAGAAAGCGCUGAUAGAAACUCAUUCUUCUGCCUUUGUCGUCCAGGCUAUCGUGGCAAUCAAUGUGAAGCACUUGUAGACUCUUGCAGACCUAAUCCUUGUUUGCAUGGUGGAAUUUGCAUCAGUCUUAAACCUGGCUAUAAAUGCAGCUGCACGAAUGGUCGCUACGGUACACAUUGUGAAAGUACAACUUUUGGUUUUAAUGAAUUAUCAUACAUGCAGUUCCCAGCAUUAGAUGCAUCAACGAAUGAUAUCACUAUUAUAUUCGCAACAACAAAACCAGAUUCAUUGCUAUUAUAUAAUUUUGGUGCACAAACAGGAGGAAGAUCAGAUUUCAUAGCAAUUGAAUUACUUGGAGGAAAACCAGUUUUUUCUUUUGGGGGAUCUAGAACCUCAAUAACAUCAGUUACGAUAACAGAAUCAAAUAAAAAUCUUGCUGACGGUGGAUGGUACAAACUAUCUGCAACUAGAAAUGGAAGAGUCAUAUCUUUAAGCAUCGCUUCUUGUACUGAUCAUGGAGAUAUAUGCAUGGAAUGCGAACCAGGAGAUGAUUCUUGUUAUGGUGACGAUACAGGGCAAGCAGGAACAUUGAAUUUCAAUAACGAGCCGCUUCUUAUUGGUGGAUUAUAUAAGGCAGAUCCAGUCUUAGAACGCCCAGGACAGAUACAUUCUGAUGAUUUUGUCGGAUGUAUGCACAGCAUAUCUGUAAACGGACGUUUGUUAAAUUUAACUAAUCCAUUAAGCUCAAGAGGAGUCGAUUCAAAUUGUGAACGCACUGAAAAAGGUGCCUGUUACAAAAAAGAUGUUUGUGGUAGAGGAGAAUGCCUUGAUAGAUGGAAAAAUAAUUAUUGCAAAUGUGAUGAUCGUUUCGUAUCUCCAGACUGUACAACAUCACUGCAAUCAAUAUCUGUGGGUGAAAGUGGAUUUAUCUCUUAUAUUAUAUCAGAAAAACAUAGAAGAAUCCAUUUACUUGAACAUUUUUAUGGUGGCAACACCGGAUGGGACAAGAAAGUCAAUAGAUUAAAUGGAAAGAUAACUACAAAGAACCCCGCAAAAACAUUAACUUUUUUCUUUAGAACUCACAAAAAAGAUGGUAUAUUAUUUUACGCAGCCACAGAUAAAUAUUACACAUUAAUUGAGAUAUCAAAUGGUAAAGUUAGUUAUACCUCAAAACAAAACACCGUAGUUAAUAUGACACAAGAAGAACAACAUGAUGUGUCUGAUGGCAACUGGCACAACAUAACUCUAUUUUCCUUAGGAAGAAGUAUACGUUUGUUAGUCGACAGCAGUAAUGUUGGAGAAGAACUAGAUUCUGCUGGAGUACAUGAUUUUUUGGAUCCUUAUCUCACAAUGAUGUCACUUGGAGGGGUUAAGUUGGAAUGGCUAGCUUCGACUAGUAAUAACAAAUUUGAAGGCUGCUUAGCUAAUUUUUCAAUUAAUAAUGAAAUUCAACCAUUUACAGGAAAUGGAAGUAUAUUUAGAGACAUUCAAAAGAACGGAAAAAUAUUAUCUGGGUGUCACAGUGCCUUUGGUUUAGGCUUAAUACAAAAUCCAGACCCUCUGAGUAUUGGCAUUACAUUAGUUAUUGUUUUCUUUAUUAUACUAAUAGUAGCUAUAUUGAUAUCAUUUAUAUUCUUCCGUUUACGUAAACAAAAGAAAGAAAAGGGCAAUUCUCCUACGAAUAAAGGCAAUAUUAUACAUACAAAGCAAAAUGGUGGUCCAGCUAUGUUGAAUGCACCAAACUUGAUUGCUGGUACUAAUGAUAGCUUAAUGGGUCGUAAUCUGCACAGUAACGAAACAAGUUUGAAUAGUUAUAUGUCAGAUAAUGCUGAUAUCAUGCGAAACGUUGGUCAUAUUGUGGGACCGGAACUUUUGUCGAAAAAAUAUAAAGAUCGAGAAAUAAUGAAUAUAGAUCCUCCUAGACCUCAACGCCCAGACAUAAUAGAAAGAGAAGUUGUUGGUAAAAGUCCAGCCCUUCGGGAAGAUCAUCACCCCCCUCUCCCUCCUUCUACAAACACAUCUCACCAUACCCACGAUCAUCCAAGUGGAAUAGACUUAAACUCCGAAGUGCCGGAACAUUAUGAUCUCGAAAACGCAAGUUCAAUAGCUCCAUCGGAUAUUGAUAUUGUGUACCACUAUAAAGGAUUUAGAGAAGCUGCGGGCGUACGUAAAUACAAAGCUACACCACCACCUCUAGCAGGUUAUCACCAUAAACAUCAAACUCCACAACACAGACAUUCGCCACACCAUACUAGUGGAUAUCCUCCUAGGGUUCUACCACAAGCAUCGCAACCACCACCCCAACCUAGACAACACCAAACUACUCCGCUUGCGCGUUUAUCACCUAGUAGUGAAUUAAGUCAACAACCAAGAAUAUUGACUUUACAUGACAUUUCGGGUAAACCAUUGCAAAGUGCCCUUUUAGCAACUACUUCUAGCUCAGGUGGAGUGGGGAAAGAUGCAUUGCAUAGUAAUAGCGAAAGAAGUUUAAAUAGCCCCGUUAUGUCCCAGCUCAGUGGACAGAGUUCAUCAGCAGGAAGAAAGACUCCAAACGCUCCUCCUCAAGUUCCACAAGUAGUUUCAGUUGGAUCGGGUGCAGUUGGGCUGACGUCUGAAGAAAUAGAACGAAUGAAUGCUCGACAACGAACAUCCAGUUUGGUAUCUACCCUAGACGCUGUAUCUAGUUCAAGUGAAGCGCCUCGGGGCGGAGGCGUCGGUCAUCAUUUGACUCAUAGACACCAUUCACCACAAGAUGACAACAGAAGUUCUAGUGGCUCGGAUGACGAAAGUGGCAACGAUAGUUUCACAUGUUCAGAGAUAGAAUACGAUAACAAUAGUAUUAGUGCUGACAAACCGGAAGAUGUUCGGAGACAAAAUCUAAACAGUAACAGUAACCCUAAGAAACCGAUUGUGCCUCCUCCUUAUGAGAGCUUCGAAUCUUCGUUUCGUGGGUCUCUCAGCACUCUAGUCGCCUCUGAUGAUGACCUAGCCCCACAUGUUGGUUCCGCUCUUUAUAGACAGGUAAACGGGUCACCCGCUUCAGCUACAUUAGGUUGGGAUUACCUCGCGAAUUGGGGUCCCAAUUUCGAAAGUAUGAUAGGAGUCUUUAAAGAUAUUGCGGAAUUGCCUGACUCUGUAAAUGGACGAAUGUCUUCCUCUUUAAGACUUCCAAAUGGUACACCGAAACCUUCGGAAGAGUACGUCUAGAUUAUAGAAAAAUGUACAUACGUAAAUUAAUUGUUAAUGUAAGUUUUUGUACAAAAUAUGAUUAUUGUAGUGAUCUUGUAUCAAGGUCCUCUUGCCAUAUAUGAAAUUUGUUUAUAUAAUUAUAGCAUUUGGUUUUAAAACAUGUAUAUGUGUUACAAUGUGUUUGUAUAUAUUUGUUUAUUAUACAUGAAAAUAUUGUGCUUUAAAAUGACCAACGUGACAAUAAAAAAAAACAAUAUUAUCUGCAUAGAGCUCUGUAUGUUUAUGAAUUCAUGUAAAUAUAUGUAAAGUUUUACGCUUAUUUCUACUUAGUUGUAAUAAAUUAUUGUGAUUACUAUCUUUGUAAAUGUGUUAUGUCUUUAAAUAAAAAUGAUAUUAAUUGUAAUUAAAUACGUUCACAAUCAGAGCUCUUGAAAGUAUUUUAUGGAAUAAAGUAGCCAUAUUUUUGUGAACAAAGUGCCAAAUGUGUCUUAUGUUCAAAAGAACUGACUGAUUUAUAAGCAUACAAUAAAAGUAAUUUGAAAUAUCAUUUGUGUUUUCAAUAAUUACCUGAAAUUAAAAAUUAUUUUUCAUGUUCUUUUAUAUUUUCAACGCAUACAACAAAUUUACUUCACAUAAUUUUUUUAACUUUAAUUAAAUAUGGUAAUUUGUAAUUAACAUAGGAAUUGCUUAUAUACUUCUAUUUAAAGUUA